ACCCAACCCAUCGCUAUGGCUCACAUCGCCAAGUCCUUCUACGACCUCAGCGCUACCAGCCUGAGUGGGGAGAAGGUGGAUUUUAAUACGUUCCGGGGCCGGGCGGUACUGAUUGAGAAUGUGGCCUCGCUUUGAGGGACCACCACCCGGGAUUACACUCAACUCAAUGAGCUGCAACGCCUCUUCCCGCGGCGCCUUGUGAUCCUCGGGUUCCCCUGCAAUCAGUUCGGGCAUCAGGAGAACUGUCAGAAUGACGAGAUCCUGAACAGCCUCAAGUACGUCCGCCCCGGGAAUGGCUUCGAACCCCAUUUUGUUCUCACCCAGAAGUGCGAGGUGAACGGGCAGAACGAGCACCCCGUCUUUUCGUACCUGAAGGCGAAACUCCCUUACCCCGAAGACGACCCUUCGGCCCUAAUGACCGACCCCAAGCUGAUCAUCUGGAGUCCGGUGCGCCGCUCGGACGUAGCGUGGAACUUCGAGAAGUUCCUGGUGGGGCCCGAGGGGGAACCUUUCCGCCGCUACAGCCGCACCUUCCCCACCAUCAACAUCGAACCCGACAUCAAGCGCCUGCUCAAAGUUGCCAUAUAGACGGGAGCCCCUCAGUGCCCAGACAACUCCUCCAUCCCCUGCCAACCCGGUUCCAGAACUCCCUUCAGCAGCCGUCGGUGUCCCCCCGGAGGUUCCUGGGGGACACCCCUGAAACACGAUCCUGCUCACGGAAGGGUCUUGCCUUCUCCGUCCUCCCCCAAAUGUCCCGCACCCACCCGGUUAGGGAUACGAUGUAAAAGCCUUAAGCUCCAACAGCCUCCAGACCUUCACAGAAUG